AGCACCGGUAGCUGUGACGUCAUAAAACGGCGCAAGGCUGAUUUGGCGUUUGAGAGCAGGGUGAUUUUGGGUUUGGAUCGGGUCCCGGGACAUACCUCUCGCCAUGACUAAACUCGUGGAGUGGCUGGUUGGAGUCACGGUGGUCCUUGUGGCCUGGGCGGUGGUCUCAUUCGACCUGUUGGACCUGAGAUUACCGGACACGUACCGGGAGGUGGCCUGGCCCAUGCCGCUGUACCUGCUCGUGUCGUUCGGCUGCUACUCCCUGGCUACGGUCGGGUACAGGGUGGCCACUUUCAAUGACUGUGAAGAGGCUGCGAGGGAGCUACAGGAGCAGAUCAAGGAAGCCAAAGAGGACUUGAGAAAAAAGGGAUUAAAGAUGUGAAAACUUUGGCAGAACUGAGUGACAGAAAAUGGAAAUUCUCUAGUCCAAUGCUGUGCAGAGAAUGUUUGUUACUAAAGAUGAAUGUGAUGGAACAAUAGACUUAUUUUUGUAAAGCUAGCUAAUAUGACUCUAUACCAUACAACUCAGCAUUUGUUUACAGAUGUCCAGGUUAGACUGAAAUUGUUCAUACUUUCAAAGGUAGUAUACAUUUUGGCCAGUUGCAACACAAUUAGACCGAAAAUGGAAAGUACAAUUCUAGUUUGAUAUGGACUCAAAAUGGGGUUAUACAAGCAUUUAAAAGGUGUACUAUGUAAAUUUUCUGACCAGGGUUCAUUGCCUGCUUGUCUCCAUGGAGAUGUUAUGCCUGGAAUGUACUGCACUAAAUGUGUUUUUUACCCGUUUGUCUCCUUGGAGUUUAAAGGCAUUAAAAGUGAAGCUAAACACUGUGGAACAUUCCUGGUAAAUCAAUCUCCACCAGUGAAAUACAUAGUGCAUCUUUGUAUGAUCUAUUUGUUAGACAUUAAAGCAAGAUUAUUACCUAGUUAAGCAUUAAUUGCAAAUAAAAAAACAAAAUAAGCACGCUAAAUCCAUACAAAAUAGUGUAAGUUUUGGUAGUUGUAUAACCAAGAUAUAAUCAAUUUCACACAGAUACUUUGCAAAUUUCUCAGUCUGUACCAGGCUAGAUGAACUUUGCCGUGACAUGAUUCACACGGCUAACAGUGGAGAUGUUGUUGCCUGUUGUAUGUAAAGCUGUCUCUAGAUUUUUAUCUGCAAACAAGUACAUUCCUUUGUCCACUUCCAGACAUGUACCCUAUGGCUGUUCUGAGGACGUUUAUUAAAUUCAACGCUAUUUCCUUCA